GCAUCGAAAUAAGUUACAGUUAUUAUUGAAAUGUGGACAAUAAUAGUAAUGUGUGCACUGUGCAGUGCAGCGUCCUCCAGUUCUGCCGAUGGCGAUCGGAGGAAUGCAACGCUGGUUAAACACGUUGUUGGAGGUGGCAAAGCAGGCCCCACUCCCUAUCAAGUUUCGCUUCAGAAAAGUGGACAUUUUUGUGGCGGUGCCAUAAUAGACGACCAAUGGAUAGUUACUGCCGCCCAUUGUUUGAUGAACUCAAAAGCCAGAGAUAUGACGGCUCUAGCCGGAACACUGCAGUUGAAAAAAGGAGGUACGCGAUAUCGGGUGGAAAAAUUGUUUCCGCAUCCCUCGUAUGACAGAGUGAAAUCUAUCAACGAUAUCGGAUUGGUUAAAAUAGCGAAGAAGUUUCAGUGGGAGCCUACGUUAGUCGAGAAGAUUGGAUUUUCCGACAAGUUUGUGAGGGGAGGACGAGAAGCAAUUUUAACUGGCUGGGGUGGUACUAGCCAGUAUUACAGUGCACCGGCAACCGAGUUACAGGCUGCUGUUGUGCGGGUAAUAAGCGAAUCACAGUGCCAAAGUAUUCUAAACAAUAUCGGUUCCGGACAUAUUUGCACCUUCACUAAGUUUGGGCAAGGUGCCUGUGGGGGCGAUUCUGGUGGUCCAUUAGUUAGUGAGGGUGAAGUCAUCGGAGUUGUUAGUUUUGGAAUAGCAACCAACCUCGCUAGCUGUGCUGCAGGAUACCCAGAUGGUUUCGCUCGGGUUUCUCAUUAUUAUGAUUGGAUUAAAAAGACUAUCAAAGAUAAUUAAUUCUAUACCAAUAUACCAACCCGAUGCUCAAACCACUUGUGGUUAAUAAAUUGGAAACUCUA